AUGGAGAAUCCACUUCUUCUUGGAGACACCAUUGAGCGCAUCCAAUCUUUUCUAAAUGGAAAAGAAGCUGCUCGAACCACCAUCCUCUCCAAGUCGUGGUACAGCGCGUGGUCCACGCGCCCCAACCUCGAUUUCGAUCAACGCCACUUUCGAUUUCGGAGUGCAGAUCAGUUUCUGGAAUUCCCGAAGACAGCUCUGCAGAGAUACGAAGAUCUCAACCUAAAGAUCCACAGUUUCAGGCUGCUGAUGGUGGAGAGCCACCGCGACGCGUCUCUCGCUAAGGAAUUGGUGGCGAAAGCCGUGAAAUUGGGGGCUGUCGAUCUCGAUUUCACUUCAUGGAAUCCCUCCUUCGUUCUGCCGGAGGAGCUGCUCCGAUCCGAAGCCCUAGCCGCGUUGUCCCUCGCCGGCACCUUCGAAAUCGACCUCGCUCUUCUCAACUGCUCCAAACUCAAAUCCCUCACUUUAUCAGUGACUGCCAAGUGCGAUUUAGUUAGGGAUUUGAUCUGGAGAUUCCCCUCACUCGAGAGGCUCAAAUUUGACGGACACUACAGCUUGUGCGACGCCGAGGGAAGAAGAUCGCAUCCUUUCUUCGACGAUCGGCUGAAUCGCCUCGAAAUCCAGCUCGAGUUUGGGUUUCGCUCGCUCAGACUCGAGUUCGAUAAGCUCGAUUACGAGUUUCAGAAGCUCGAGUAUAUGUAUUUAGGGCACUUGCUAGUCGACGGCAACCUCUUUUCCCAUGCCUCCGUCUUCUCCAAAUUCCCCUCUUUGAAAGAAUUGGUGAUCUGGGAUUGCUACGGCUUCAAAGACAUACGAAUCUGCAGCAAAUCGGUGGAGCGCAUCAGCAUAGGGUUGGUGGAGGAGAGGAGCAGCUACGUCACGGAGCUUGACGUUCCAAAUAUGCGAAAACUCGAGUUUGAGGGGCUCGGGUGGUCUCGUCUCGCCUUGAAAAAAGCUCGUUCCGAAUGGGAGUCUGACAUACGACUUACCUGCAUUGAGGCGAGUUCUCGAUGGUUCGGUUGGUUGGAUGGGUUUUUGGAAAGUUUGAGGGGCUCCAAGAUUUCUCUGUGUGUAAAGGUUAAGUGUGAUUGCAGAUCAUAUGCUAAAUUUGAAGGUUUAAGUAGAGGUGUUUUAGUGGAGAAUUUGAGAGUGGAGGGUGGUGGAGUAUACAUUGCUGGAGUUGUGCAUAUGUUGUUUCGGAUUUGUCGGCCUAAGGUGAUGAUUCGAGAAUAUAUUUCAGCGAGUGAUCCGGUUUAUGAAUUCUUGCUGGAGAUGGUUUGCAAGAGAGUGAUAGGGCAAGUGAAUGUGGAGACAUGUUUUGAUGAUGGACGCCAAUUUAUUCGAUUCCAACUUAUAUGGGUGCCAAUUUAA